CCCUCCUCCCCACUUCUUCCGUCUCCGCCAUUUCCCUUCGAAUUAUGGCCGCCGCCGCCGCCGCCGCCACUCCCCCUCCCUCCGGCAGCCAGGACCACAUGAACGCCCUCCGCUCCACCGCCCUGCGCCGCUCCACCCUGCACUGGGAUGAUGCCGCCGCCUUCUUCGCCCCGUCCUUCCGCUCCCGAAGCUGCCGCCGGCGCGUGCCCGCUCCCGCUCCCGCCGCGGCGGCAGCGUCGGCGCCCUCCAGGUCCCCCGCUAGGGCUAAGGCCAGGGCCAGGGCACGGGCGAAGCUCCUGGCGGACGCCGGUACGGGGGACCCCUGGCUGGCAUCCCUCUCGCUGCUCCCCGUCGACGAUGGGGCCGCCGCCGCGGCCUCCUCCGGCUGGGCGAUUGGGAUCGAUCCCGACACGGGCGGCGCGAUCGCCGUCCUCUCGCCCGACGGGUCCUCGCAGGUUUUUGAUAACCCGUUCGUGCACAUAGUGGUGUCGGAGGUCAUCCGGAAGCGCCUGGACACCAAAUCCAUCAUCGAGCUGCUCCGUGGCCUCGAAGCGCCUCCUGGAACUACGGCAUAUAUUGAGAAGUCAAGCCCAUUUCCAACUGAUGGAAAACUGGGAUGGUGGAGUACAGGUUUUUCGUAUGGCCUGUGGAUUGCUGCUCUAGUUUCAUCUGGUUUUUCGGUUGUUCCAGUUGCAUCACAGACCUGGAAGGCUUAUUUUGGGCUAACACGAAGUGGAUCACCUAAGGAUGAUAGCAGGCAAGCUGCUUCAAUCUUGUUCCCAGACAAGGCUCUCUCCCUGAAUAGGAAGAAACAUCAUGGGAGAGCAGAGGCUCUUUUGUUAGCGGCCUACGGAAAAGGUCUUGUUCUGCCAUCAGGAGUGUUUAGUAAAACAUGACGGCGACUCUUAUAUAGGGAGCUUGACUGACUGAUUUUAUUCGAUGGACUGGUGCAAAUAUUUUUUGCCUUAUGGGCUCCAUUAAGUACAUAAUUGAAGUAAACCCUGAGGCUGAGUGCACCAGUCAGUUCCAACUUUCAGGAACUCAUUAGCGAUGUACCAUUGUGUUUACCUAGCUAGUGUAAAUGAGAUCUGCAAUUUUAAACGUUUGAUUUGAAAUUGUAAGGGCACCGAUGAUUACCCUUUUCUUUUUCUUUUGGAUGAUUGAGAAAUAUUGAGAUUGUAGCUCUCGUUCUAAUUUUAUGAUUAUUUCUGUAUAUGCGCCGACUGUCAAUUGUAUCAUCUUCAUCCAUUCCGUUGUAUUUAUGACAUCAUCGGUUAUUGCACCCGAAAUA